AUGUCUUACUCUGCUGAGCGCGAGAUGAGGCGACCUCGUCUGGCAUGUCUGAAUUGCCGGCGGAAAAAGACUCGCUGCCACGGGGAGCGCCCAGCGUGCGCACUCUGUGUCCGGCUUGGCCAGACUUGUGAAUAUCCAACCCAUUCCACGGCGGCAGCUCCGGCACCACGGCGUUUGCCCUCUGCCGUUGUCAAUGACGAGCUCCUCGUACGAGUUGCGAGACUCGAGGCUGACCUCCGCGCCGCACAACAAGCCCAAGUCGUCACCACCACCAACAAUACCACCAUCAAAUAUGAUGACGCACAAAGAACGGCUGCCGACGCCGAGAAACAUUCGUCCACAACGUCGCCGUCUCCGCCCAUGCAACCGGCGCCUACCUGGGCUGACGUGCCGAGCACCGCCGUGGGAGACGCCGUCGAAAGCGACAAGAAAAAGUUCUCCCAGCUUCCCCCGGUGCCCGUACUCAAGUCACUGGCCGAUGUCUACUUUUCCAAUUGCCAGAACCAACCAUACUGCUUCUUUCACGAAAAUCAUUUCCGCCGGCGCCUCAUUGCCGGCGACUUGGCACACUAUCUCCUCCUCGCAUUCGCCGCCACGGCCGCGCGCUACAGCUCCCACGACUACUUUCGCGGCUCGGAACUGGAAGCCGUCGAGGGCCUGGCUCGGGCGGCCUGGAUCAUCAUCCUCGACCAAGUGUUUGCCACGGAGCCCAGCCCCGACAAUGUCGCAGCCGCCCAGGCGACCAGUCUACUCGCCAUCAUUGACUUUACUGCUGGCCGACACCGCCUGGGCUGGGUCAAAAUCGGCCUUGCCGUCCGCCUAGUCCAAAGCCUCAAGCUGAAUGCAGAGCCGGACCCGUCGCUGCCGCCGUGGCAGCAAGAAGAACGCAGGCGCGUCUUCUGGUCCGUCUACCUGCUCGACAAGUUUGUCUCGUGCGGGAGGUCUCACCCACCGGCCAUUCUGGACAUGGACUGCACACUCGCCCUGCCCUGCAGCGAAGAAGCCUUUCGCAUGGAGACGCCCACGAAGCUGCCGACGAUUGCGCUUGUCAAGGAUUUACCUAGCAACAUGGCUGAGUUGGCGCAACUAGACGACUUUGCCAUCCUGGUGUUGAUGUGCUCUGCUCUGAGUCUCACUGUUCGGGAAACCUUUCAGCAGAACGCGUCGAAAAUACCGCCGUGGGACUGCCGGAGCAACUUUGCCCAGAUUAGUAGCAUCCUGAUGACGUUUGAAAACAUUCACACUACGGGGGCGGAUCACCUAGGGCCAUAUAUUUCCGCUAGAUUCGGCACAUAUGAGGGCUUUGAUCGCCAGCGAGUCGGCCACUUCAUCUGGGCAAGAGCCGUAUACCACCUCUGCGGCAGUCUCCUCUGCCACCCUGUCAGUCUUCGUAGAUACAGAAAAUCCCAGGGCGCCUGCUUCCCGACUACGUUUGCGCGAGAGCUACUGGAUCGAUGCAGAGAGCACGCGACCCAGCUGAGCAAUAUGCUGGAAACACUACGAUCUGCUGGCUGCUGCGCCCGCGGGAGCUUUCUGGGUUACGUAGCGACGUGCGCAGCGUCUGUCCACCAUAUAUUUGCCCUAUCGCCGACACCACACAUUGCGGCCCGGGCAAACGCAAGCUUGGAGAUGUGUCUGGGCUUCCUGGAACACCUCCCCGCUCGAUGGCCAAACUACGGCAUGAUGGCGUCCUCGUUGCGGGCACUGAGUAUAGAUGGUCGGUCGGCGCGCCUGCUCAUUGAUCCUUCGCCUGCCGCUGUCGAAGAAGACAUUGAACCGGUGGAAAUUGAGCAGCUCUGGAAUAGUAUAGACUAUGGGUGGAUGACGGACCGGGCUCGGCAGAGUGAAACGGCUUCAUCGCCAUCGCCUCCGGGACUGGAUGUACAAAUUGGGGACUGGACUACUUUUUUGGAAGGCCAAAUGGGGGAUAAUGACAUGUCUAGCUUUUAUGUGACGCAGGCAGAACUGAUGAGGGAGGCGGAUACAUAG